GAAAACCACAAGGCCGUUAUAACAUGAUUGUAUCGGUUUACAUUUUAACGAAAAUGAUAUGUCUUAAAUAUUAUGAAAAGAUAUUUUUAUUUUACUGUUGUUUUUAACUUUUAUAAAAAAUGUGACUUACAUUUGGCUGGACAAUCAUUAAGAAAACUGGGAGUUAGUAAUGAAGAGAUAACAGGCGGUGACAAUGGGGAGGAAAAAGGAGAAAGGAGGCAACGUUACUCUCGUUGAAAAACCAGGAGUAAUAAAUGUAGAAUAUCAGCUGGUAGUUGCUGAAAGAGAUGAUUUACUUGAAGCAGAAUUAGGGUACAAAAGACGAAUUGAACAACUGGAAAAGGAAAAUGCUGAUACACUCCAAAGUUUUGAUGUCUUAUAUAAUGAAAACAAAAUACUCAGAUCUAAACUGGACACACCUGAUGGAGUUGGAGCGGAUAGUGUUGAAUCAUACAAUGUAGUGUAUAAAGACAGAGAACAUUUAAGAGAAGCAAACAGAGCUUUUAAAAGAAGGAUUCGUCAGUUGGAAGAUGAUGCCGCGGAAACACAAAAAUCUUACAACAAGCUGUACCAGAACCACCAGCUUGUUACUCAAAAAGCUCAGCUGGAAACAGAGUUUGCUACAAAAGCCAGAGAUGAAAAAAUUAAUGAAAUGGAACAGGAACAUGUGGAGAUAUCAAACAAAUUGAAGAUGUUUCUAAAAGAAAGAGAGCAAUAUGAAUACAGAAUUGCUGAAAUGGAUAAAGAAAGAAAUGAACUGCAAAAUAAGUAUGAUUUUCUUGCUGAGGAAAAGCAUGAAUUUCAAUUAAGAUGUGACGUCCUACAGGCCGACAGAGAAAAGUUGAAAGAGACGGUGAUGGAUCUUGAGGAGAAGGUACCCGAUCCAGAAAUUAAAGCAAAGGAAGAACAACAGUUUUUAUCUCUACAAGCACAGGUUGUAGUACUACAAGUCAGCAAUACAGAUGCGAGCAAAGAAAUUCAUAAAUUGAAAGAAGAAAUCAGAGUAUUGAAUAAACUAAAGAGAGAACACGUUGAAAUGAUAGACAGGGCAUCAAGCGUGAUUGUUGAUGAGGAUGAAGAAGAAAAUGAAAGACAGAAGACGGAACGGUACGCUGAGGUUGAGGCUGAACUUGAAGAAAACCGUCAGAGAGGUAUAUAUCUACUGAAAGAAAAUGACCGCUUGAAAUCGGAAACAGCGGUACUAGAGAGCAAGGUUGCAAACUUAGAAUUGAAUUUACGUGAUUUACAAGAAGAGCUGAAGGCAAAGAAAACGGAAGUUGAAGAUUUAUCUGUUUUAGCCCGAGACGGUCAAAGUCUUAAUGAAGACUUCAUAGCUCUGCAAGAUAAAGUAAAAGAUUUGAGUGCAACGCGACAGGCAUUAGAAAUUGAGCUUAUUCAGGAAAAGAAGUUGUCAAAGUUAAAAAUAAUGGAACUUAACAAAGACUUAGAGAAAACAAAAGACAAACUGAACGACACUGACAAACAAAAAAUGAAGUCAGAAGGUGAUAAUAAUAAAUUGCAUGAUGAAAAUGAAACUCUCCAAAAAGUUACUGAAGCUCAGGCAUUAGAACUUAGAAAUAUGAAAGCCCAGCUUGAACAGAUUCAGAAUAUUCUAGAGGAUAAGACUGUUAAGUAUCAGGAUAUGAAGAAAAAUGAAAAAGAAAAUCAAGAAGAACUUAGGGAGUCUAGAUUACAGCUACAUAUUGUUCGCCGUGAACUAGCCGAUCUUCGGAAGGAAAAAGCCGGUAACUUUAGUACCCUGAAAAAUGAAAUGCAGACAGCUAAAGACGAAAGACAAGAAGAAACAGAGCAAAUGCGCAAAGAAACAGUCCGUCUAAGAGAAGAAGUCAAAAAGUUAAAAGAAUAUGAGCAUAAGAUAACGACCAUGGAUUCCGAGAUAAGACGCUUGAUGAAUAGGUUGAGAAUGACAGACAGAUUUAGAAAGCUCCCGAAGAAAUCUGAAAAAGGGGAGGACGAAAAAGAUGAAGUCAAAGAAUUAAAGAAACGCCAACGAGAAUUAGAAAAAGAAAAAAUGGUACUUAUACAAGAAAAGCGCCAGUGGGAGAUUUUAAAAGAAAAAUAUGCCGACCUACAGAUGAAUAACCGUCGCCUCAUAGAAGAGAAUAAGAGGGUAAGAGGAGAUCUGGAUGGGAGUAGUUUUAAGGUCGAUACUCUUGAAAAGAGAUUCAAGAAGCUACAUGUGAAGGUAGAAGAUAUCACAAACGAUCCAAAACGUAUCCAACGAGCUACGUACGUUGAAAAAUCUGAUAAUCGCUCUUCGAGACUAGUAGCUAAGAAAAGAGAACCAAAGCCGAGUGAAAACAAAGAAUUAAAGAAACUUGCAUUGAAAACUAUAGACGAAGAGUCUGCAGAUAAGACUACUGUUGCUGAAAGUUUUGGUAUGUCGGCAGCCAGAGGCACGAAACCAACACAUCCUAAAUAUCGAAGAAAAUUCGAAAGAAAAUCGACGAGGACUUCUGAAGACAUGUCAAGAAUGCGAUCGAAGAAACCAGUUUUACCAAAACUGGAACCAGAAACUGGUCUUAUGUAUGGUAAAGGAUACCGAGAAUUACAUAAAAAUAGAUAUCGCCCAGCCUCAACCCUAGAAUUACUGUGAUAUACAUCUUCGAAGCGUAUAUAUUAUAAGUCGUAUAAAUACUAUUUAACAGCUAUCAAGGGACCGUUCUCAUCUCUGCAUUUGAGUAAAUUUGAUAUUUAGCAGCAUGUAAAAUGACAGACAUAACUGAUGUUGGUACACUGUCAGAUGAAACGCAAAAAAAAGACAAAACUAUAUAUCUUUCCAUACAUCACAUACGCAUGUCUGGUAUGCCAGUUUCUCAUAUUAAUUAAUGUGCACAUAUAUUUAUCUGUAUGAUGAAAUAUAUCCCAACAUAAUUAAAGGGUAGUGUCAUAAAAUGUAAUGAUAUAUAUUGUAAAUAUGUAUAAACGCAGUUUUUAUUACAUUGUAAACUUUAAUGAAAAUAUGUUAUCAUUCUAUGUGUUUGAACAAUCAUUAAAUUGUUUUUAUUUACGUCUAAACUUC